AUCAAGAUGGCUGCACUUCCGUCUGAAUGCUACGAGGAAGCAAGUAUCUCGCCAUUUUCUUUUUCUUUACGUCGAAACAUUUCCAAAUCGCAUCAUGAGUUCCUUAAAACUACAAAAGAGGCUGGCAGCCUCUGUUAUGCGGUGUGGAAAGAAGAAAGUAUGGUUGGAUCCUAACGAAGUUAAUGAAAUUGCAAAUACUAACUCUCGUCAGAAUAUUCGCAAAUUAAUUAAGGAUGGUCUGAUCAUAAAAAAACCUGUGGCAGUUCAUUCUAGAGCACGUGUACGUAAAAAUACAGAAGCCAGGCGUAAGGGUCGUCAUUGUGGCUUUGGAAAAAGAAAGGGUACGGCAAAUGCUCGUACUCCUCAGAAAGAUUUAUGGAUUCAAAGGAUGAGAGUUUUACGUCGUCUUUUGAAAAAAUAUCGUGAGACUAAAAAAAUUGACAGACACUUGUACCAUUUGCUUUAUAUGAAAGCAAAGGGUAAUGUUUUUAAGAACAAAAGAGUACUUAUGGAAUUUAUUCAUAAGAAAAAAGCUGAGAAGGCUAGGGCAGAAAUGUUGUCUGAUCAAGCUGAAGCACGGCGUACCAAAGUACGCGAAGCACGUAAACGUCGAGCUGAAAGAAUUGCCACGAAAAAGCAAGAGCUGUUACAGUCCUAUCAACGAGAGGAUGAAGCAGCUGCCGCGCAAAAGAAGUAAUUUUAAUGAUUAACAAUUUUAUUAUGUAAAUAAAACUCAAAGAAAAUGAA